UGUACUAGAUAUUUCAAAAACAAUGAUGUAUGAGUACCAUUAUGAUGUCAUGCAGAGACAUUAUGGGGACAAAAUUAAAUUGAUGUACACUGAUACAGAUUCACUAGUAUAUCACAUUCAGACGGAUGAUUUUUAUGCAGACUUGGCGGCCAACCAUAACUUGUUGGACCGGAUGGACACCGCCAACCUGCCCAGUGACCAUCAGUGCUAUGUGGCAAGCAGAAAGAAGUCUCCAGGAUACUUUUCCGAUGAAGUGGACGGCAACAUUAUAACAGAAUUUUGUGCGCUGAGGGCCAAGUCCUACGCUUUUAAUAUAUAUGCUGGACCAGAAGACAGAGUAGGAGGAGGAGAGAAAAUUAAAGCGAAGGGUAUCAGGUCUCAUGUGGUUAAAAACCACAUGACAUUGGAAGAUCAUAGGAAGUGUUUGUUUGGGGAAGAAGGAGUAGAGUUAUACAGAGAUAAUGUUUCAAUUAGGUCGUUUAACCACCAACUUGUAACGCUAAAAACUAAGAAAUUGACAUACAACAGCUAUGAUGACAAGAGGGUGGUGCUAGAAGAUAAAAUAAAUACAUUAGCACAUGGACACUAUAGUAUAGAGGAAGAUGACAUAUGGCCAGAGCUUGAGGAAGAUGGAGGGAACUGGAACGAUGAGGAAAAAGAAUUGAUGAGAGAGCUACUACAAUGUAUAACUUAA